AACGAAAGGCAUCUUACCUUUCGAUUCUCGGCAUCUCCAAUCAGAUCCUACUUCCACUUGCUGCAUCCAACGCCCCAUAUUCUCCCUCGUUUCUCCAUAUAAAUUUCUCCUUUCAUUCGCCAUAACUUCAUAUACCUGAUAUCCACAAACAAUAAAAUCAUGAACAUGUUGGAAUCCCCUCUUGAAGCUUUAGCCUUUAAUUACGUCAGCUUUGGGUUGUUCACGGUAGUGAACAAUCUCUGGACGUGGAUUGCCGUCAUAACCGCGGCCGUCAGCUUCUGGAGGAUCAAAACGCAAGUGAAACCGGCCGCGCAACCUCGUAAUGAUCGAAACAUAAGUGCGUCUCAAGCGGUUGCUGAAAUCUUACCGGAUGAGUCGCGGUCAGGCGUUGAGCCAGCAGAUUCAGGUAGAGCCAGUCCCGCCAGUCCCUCAGUUUGCAAGGUUAAAGAUGUGGAGGGGGUGACGAAAGGUAAAUUUACUUUGUAUUAUUAUGAGGAAGAGAAUGAAGUUGAGAGUGAAACAAAGGGAGUUACAGUGUGGGAGGAUAAUUUUAACGGCGGUGAGUGGUGGGAGAGAAUGAUGAGAGUGAGAAGAAGUGAGAUGGGAUGGUAUGGUUACCAGGAUUUGACGGUGGUUAACGGCAACGUUGUGAGGAUAUGGGAUGAGUGUAAGUUCUCCAACUCACGCUGUGUUGUUCGGUAGUUGCUUGAAUUCAACGAAAUUAGGGUUUAAAUUAAAGUUGUUAAUUGUAUAUUCUAUUUUGUUGUUGGGUAGAACAGAGCAACCAUUGUAAUACAUAUUCAGCUUUCUCUAAUGAAUAUGCAACAGUUGUCCUCUA